UAACCAAAGCUUUAAAAGCAGUUUUUGAUUGACCUAUUGUAUUAUUGAUCGAUGGCUGCAUCUAGAGAAUUUAUCAUAUGUUGCCUAUUAACACUUCUCUUGUGCACUUUCUUCAUGAGAAUCGAGUCUGGUGCUGCUGACAUCACCAGAAAAGGAUGUGGCGGAGGCGACGGCAGUCUCGGGGACGAUAAUGAGCGGUGUGUGGAGGCGGUCAAAGAACAUGACGACAAUGACGUGGAUGAUGUUUUUAAAGUAAUUAACAAGCUGAGGAUAUAUGCUUGAUCAUGGUUCACCAUUUAAUU